GGGCUCGAGAGGAAUCUCGAAGCGCCGGUGGCCCGCUUUUACAAUCACAGAAUCGACGUCCACGUCGACGACGUCGCCGCCGGCGUCCGAGUCCGAGUCCGAGGACGCGUCCGAGCCGUCGCGCGACCGCGAACGUUCGUCGUCGUCGUCGUCGUCGCCCUCCGCGACGGAAAGGUGGAAGCGCCGCUCGGCGAAAUAGGGCUCGCGACCGAAAGCGCCGAGCGCCUCGUCCGCCGCGUCGACGACGGCCGCGAGCGCGCUCGACGGCCGGACCGCGAGCGCGUCGAAGGUCCGCGCGCCGUCCUCGCUCUGGAGCUUGAGCAAUGUGCCGUCGAUGGCGAUGCAAAACGGCCGGCAGCAGCGCGCCGCCAGCGCGGAUGUCAAUUUCUUGACGAACGGGUCGAUCUCGUGCGCGUAGAGGCCGAACGGGCGCGAGGCCGAGACGUGCGCGUUUCGGCACAGAUCGCGCGGCGGCCUCGACGUCGCUUUUGCAGCGAUGGCGACGAGGCGCCGCGAGCGCGGCACGGCGACGUAGACCAGGCCGUGCCAGCGGCCGCGUCUGUGCUGCGGCACGUCGUCGACCGCUUGUUUUGGUCCAAGGGCCGGCGGCGGCAGCGACAUUGUAGAAGCCCGCCAGCCCGUGAAACUUUCUACAGAGCACCGGCGCACUGCCUGGAAACUCUGACGCAAAUGAUGUGAAAUCUGGUUAGGUUUUAACGCAUUUUGAGCCGGUUUUUCAUGGCACGCUCUC